UAGGAAGAGGCGGGCAACCUUGCCACUGCCCGCCCCUAGUCUAAGCUAGCCUACAUCCGUUUCCGGUUCCCAAAUCGAAUUGGCGGCUAGCCUAUUAGCUGCUGAGGCCUGACUGCUGCUGAGGUGUUGAGGUGUUUACCCUGUUGUGAGCGCGGGACUCAGGACCUUGCCUAAGAUGGACAGCCGGAUUCCUUAUGACGACUACCCAGUGGUUUUCCUGCCUGCCUAUGAGAAUCCUCCAGCAUGGAUUCCUCCUCACGAGAGACUAUAUCACCCAGACUACAACAAUGAGUUGACCCAGUUUCUCCCCCGAAUUGUCACACUGAAGAAGCCUCCUGGAGCUCAGUUGGGAUUUAACAUCCGAGGAGGAAAGGCUUCUCAGUUAGGCAUCUUCAUUUCCAAGGUGAUUCCUGACUCUGAUGCACAUCGAGCAGGACUUCAAGAAGGAGACCAAGUUCUGGCUGUGAAUGAUGUGGAUUUCCAAGAUAUUGAGCACAGCAAGGCUGUUGAGAUCCUGAAGACAGCCCGUGAAAUCAGCAUGCGUGUGCGCUUCUUUCCCUACAAUUAUCAUCGCCAAAAAGAAAGAACUGUGCACUAGAGAGUUUCAGCUCACUAGACAGUUGCAGCACUCAGCCCCUUCCUGGAACAUUGGGUGGGGAAGAUGGAGAGACAUAGCCAACUGCAUUAUUCAAACUGUACUGUCUUUUUAAUUCCCUGUUUUUCUAGAUGAGCUUCAUUCCCUGAAAGGAGAAGGAUGAUGAGGUCUAGGAUAAGCCUUACCUAUAGAGAACCCAGCUAGAAAAGGUAACUGACAUUUAUUAGAUAUGAUAAGCUAGGAUAUACAGGUUAACAGUUUGACUAUAGAAAUCAGAAAAAAAAGAAUCUUGUAUCUCAUUUGUCUGCCAUCUCCCCCAUCCUUAUAUUACUAGAAGUUUCAUACAUACUUUGCGGAUUUCAAUGAGACACUCUUUUUACCCCUGCUCUAUCCUCUUCCCUCAAAAGUUAAACACAAUACUGUAUAAAUGCUGUGACUUUUGAAUGAUAGUGAUUGGACAUAAAAUGCUCUUGAGACAAGAAAAAGCUCUUCUGAAGAGAGAAAAUCAGCAACAUCUAUGCCUUUUAUGAUUUAUAUCAGUUGUCCCCCCACACCAAACCCUGAUGAAGUAUGGGCUUUUUCAGAGGUGGUUGAAUCUAGACUAUAUGAUGCUGGGAUUAAGGGUGUAUGAUUAGUGAAUCAGUCCACUGAUUGAUUUGACAUAGUUCUGGCUAGGUCUAAUGGGAUGAAUGCUAUACACAUGCUAUAGUGGGUAGUAUGCAUACAGUAUAAGGGACAGAAAGAGGCUUGUCCCUCUCUCCCUUGUUACUUUGUUACCAUCUGGCUGCCAUGAAAAGGUCCCGUUCAUUGCCUUUGCUGCCUUCUGCCACCAUAAACUAUUGCCCAUCUACCAUGUGUCACCCUGCCUUUGAAGCAAACCAACUAUGAACUGGAACUACAAACUGAGCUAAAUAAACCUUUUCUCCCUUUAAGUUUGGGCAUCAGGUAUUUUGUCUUAGCAGUGAGAGAAAAGUGACUAAGACAGAUUUUGGUACCAGAGAAUUGAGGUCCUUAAUGUAACUAUACCUGACCAUAUGGUUCAGGAGUCUUUGGCAGCAGCUUGUGGAGAAAGUUUGGAAUGGUUUGGAGAUACCCAUCAAAGAAGAUAGUUGUGGAGUGCCUUAGGGUGUACUACUGUAUGAGAGAUUUUGGUCAGAGCUCAGAAGACCACAAGGCUGAUAGAAACCUGCCAGUAAAGACCAGGCUUUGAAGCUUUUGCAGUGAAGGACUGCCUUGGCUUUGAACUCCAGAUGAUGUGUGUUAUGGCUUGGCAGAAAGUUUGUCUGCAUGUUGCUCAUGUCCAGAAGCUUCCUGAAACUAAACAUAAGGAUAGUGGACUAUUCUGGCAGAAGUAAUUUCAAGGCAGCCAAAUGUUGAGGUGAUCAUAUGGCUACUUUGGGGGGCUUUUAGUUAGAUCAGUGUUCAGAAUCAAGAGCAAAGUGGCCAGCACAAUGAUUUGCAGCAUUGAAUUUGGCCAGAAAAAGUGCCAGUGAAGCUGUAAAGAUAAGAAUAAGGGAGAUCUUGAUUGCUCAGAAGAAAUAGAAUAAAAAGAUGAUGUGAUGGCAUCACAAGAAGCAACAGAACUCUACCCUGUGCAGCCUCAAAAUUGUAAAUGUGAAAUACUUUGCUUUGAGAAGAGGGCCCAGAGCACCAUGUUCUAAAAUUGCAGUGGUCUAGGGAAGUCAUUCUUUGGGAUUUGGUUCAUAGGCACUCAACGCCUACAGCCAAGAGAAAAGGGAUCCUGGCUUCUAUUCCAGCUGACGGCAGACCUUGGCAUCAUCCACAUGAUACUGAUUUUACGUACGUGCAGUAUGAAAGAAUUGUGGGGUCAAGAAUGCUUCCACUUACAUUUCAGAAGAAGGCCUGGGAGGCCAGGCAGUGUGCCCCUGAGAAGGCAGUAUGUGAAGCUGUGAGUGGCAAGCCAAGGGUUCAUUGGAGACCCCAGAAGUUUAGAGAACCAGGAACAUGGAUUGUCUGAGAAAAAUUACAAGGAGGGAGCAGAGGUGGUCACAGUGAUAAGCCUUGGGGUACCACUGGAAGUAUUGUAGAGGCAGAGCCACACAAGCCCUUUGGAGCUCACAGAUUGCCUGGAAUGCUGGAAGUGAAACUGGGAUUUAAUGUUUACCCUGCUGCAUUUUGAAUUUGUUUUGGCCUCAUUCCUUGUAGUCUCCUAUUUAUAACUUUUGGAAUGGAAAUGUCUGUUUUGUGCCAUUGAAUUUAGAAGUGUUUCACUUACUUUUCAUUUGUACAGGGGCUCACAGCUGAGAGUUUGCCUUAAACCUCAGAGUAUACUUGGGACUCAAACUUUUCAGCAAUUCUAAAAUUGUUAGGAUUUUGGCAACUCUUGGAGGAAUUAAAUGCCUUUUGCAUAAAGGGAUGUACAUAAGUCUAUGGAGGGCCAGGGGUAGAAUAUUGUAAUUUGUGUCUAGGUGUCCCCCAAAAUCCUCGUGUGGUUAUAGGACCUUUUCAGCAGUGGCUAAAUCUAGUAUGUGAUGCUGGGAUUAAGGGUAUGUGAUUAGUAAAUCAGUCCACUGAUUGGUUUGGCAUAGUUCUGGUUAGGAUUAAGGGUGUGAAUAUUACAUCUAGCCUAAAGUGGGUAAACUACAUACAGUGUAAGGGACCAAGAGAGGCUUGUCCUUCGCUCCCUUGUGGCUUUGCUAACCUCUGACUUCCAUAGAUAGGCCCCUUUUUUGUUGCUUUUCCUGUCUUCUGCUACCAUAAACUGUUGCCAGUCUGCCAUGUACCACCCUGCUUCGGAGCCUGCCAAUUGUGGACUGAAACCUUUACAAACUGUGAGCUAAAUAAACCUUUCUUCCUUUUAA